AUCACUACCCCUCAUAACAACUAUGGCUUCCUCAUCGAGCAGUCACGAAAGCGUUAGCACCUUUGCAACAGAUGAAAGCGACUACGAAGACUACGUGUACGACCGGAGUCGGGCCCGUACACGUAAAGAGGACUCGUGGAGGAGGCGGUACCGGAGGAGAAUGAGAGAACAGGGCUUCAGUAGUCCCGAGUCGGUGGAGAGAAGGUCCCUCAGCCCCUUCAGAGGAAAGAAAUUCACCAAAAAGAAGCAUUCUAAAAAGUCGAAGAAGUCCGCAUUUAAAAAACACGACAGCGAACCCAAACCAAGCAGUGAAAUGAAGGUUGUGACAAACAAGACACGUGGUGGUCACAAGACACCCAGCUCCUGUCCAAACGUUGGAACAUCCACCAUGAAAUGAUCCGGAAACGAAAACCACAUGUCUUUCAAGGCGCUCAGGGCCUAUUUUUGUAUAUACUGAUCUUGUAAUAAAUGACUUUGAAAAUAA